CAAGAAUAAAGUUGGAAUACAAUGUGGUGAAUAAAGUCAACUUUUUGAGUUGGGUAAAGUUGGAAAGAUAAUCACAGAUUUGUUGUUCCUGUGUCAAUAAGUCAUCGGAGGAACAUUCGGAGGAAAAUCAGGUUGUAGCACAUGUCACCAACCUCAAGAAGUUUACUUAAUUCUUGACAUUUUUUCUCAACAUUGUAUUUUAUCUAUAUUCUCAACAAUUCAGCUUUAUUCUCGAACUGCAUAAUGAAAUUAUAUCUUCAAUCCUCUUCCGUAUACAUGUGCUUACCAGAUUUCAAGUUUUGUCGUGGGAGUUAUUGAGUCACAAACAAGCAUGGUCCUCACAUGAGUCAGUGCUCUGGCCCUAAAGAAUAAAACAAAAACAUGUUAAAACAAUAGAAGAGUAAGUCAAUACAAUAUUUAGAAUUUAGCCUAUUCAUGUGUGGUUCUAAUAUGAAUACUAUACCAUGAAUGUAUGUUGUACCUCUGUAGGUAAAAUGGACCAAACAUCAGCAGUGGGAGAUCCACUUGAUAACCCUGCUGGUGACCUCUAUAUCUAGCACCUGUGCUAUUUGUGGGUCAUGUUUUCAUGAUAAAGGAAAUUAACUUCUUUAUAGUUUUUCCACACAGCUUACAGCAUGAAAUAUCCAGGAUUGAUAAAUGUUCAAGACUUGAGUGACUUUAAAUAGUAAUCCAGAGAGCAUGCAAAGUAUGUUGUAUCAGCCUUAUAAAACCAUUGCACAUGAACACAGAAUCCAACUUUGAUAAAGAAAGUUUGUCCAACAGUUCAUCAACAAAGAGUUAAAGGUAAAUCCUUUGCACAUAAACAUAAAGUUGAAGCCUCAAAUAAAUAAAUCCCAUCCUAAAAUACAUGAUAAGAAGAAUAACAUUUGGUGCUUGCAUGGUUUAGCUGAGACUUGCACCAGGAUUAAGAGCCAAAAGUUCAUAUAAUUUCCCUCCCAAAAUGUAUGCAGCAGACGAUCACCCUGUCCAGAUACAGGAGAGGUCAUGGCAGCUGCUAGAGCCGCUCGCUUGGACCGAGAUCUGAGAAAACGGGUGGACAUUUGAGGCAGAUUUAUUUGGGAAACAAAGCAUCAAGGGCUUUCAUUAUUCAGUACUACAGAGAGGGCAUUCAUUGAGUUUGUACAAUGGCAUUCUAAUCCAUAUGCACCUUCUCUGACAAGGCACAAAGUCAAUUGUAUGGCAAGCUUGUAGCCUGCUGCCAGGGAUUAACAACUCCCUGAGGAAUAGAGUUCGUAUCGACUUGCUGUUCAGACGUCUGCUCUCUGCUGCUGCCCUCUGCUGGUCUGCACACAGUGUGAUUGCAGCUCCCAAAACACAACAGAUAUUGAUGGUGCUGUACAUUCGGGAAUAGCUGUGUAUUGAAAGAUAUAGCUACUACUAUCACACAUUAUUGUGUUAAAUUAAUAGCGCACAUGAAGCACUACCACAAGCUUAAAUCAAUAAUAACAGUGGUGUGUCCCAUAACACAGCUGUUAGAAUUGUAUUGAUUUCAUUAUCAAGAAACUGAUGUGAUGUGGAAACCUAAUUUAUUUUUGUGAGGGCAGUGAGAGGGCAGUUUGGGUUAUUGCCCAGAGCUGCUCAGGAUUCAGUGUUUACUCAAGGACACUGAGGCAGUUUUUUUUUCUCUAUGAAGGGUCAGCAGAAGACCAACAACUCCUGUGUUCUGCAGGAUAAAAUACCUGUUUUUGUCAAUAGAGUCUGGUGGCUUUGAAGAGAGCAAAGAUGUAUAUAACUGCUUCGGUCACCCUCAUGUCAACUUAAGCAUAUCUAAAUAUAGCCUACACUUUGAGAAUUAUUGAUGUUUUGUAGGUGAUUAAAAUAUGUUUAACUGCUGCACCGUCCGCAGAAGUACAUUAUUUAGAUUCUGGUUCCUUCCCUAAUUUCUCCAAAGUGGAGGUAUGCCGACCACAAGCUGCUGUAGGUAAUAUACUGACAAUGCAUACAACUCACACAACACCACUUCAGGAAAGCUAAACAAUACCUUUAAGUCUGGAAAACAACAACAUUUCCUGUUAUUUACAAAGCAAAUCAGACAAUUAUAUCAAUUAAGAUCACUUUUGAUGACAUGGAAUUAAGAAAAAAAUUAUUUCUUGGCCUAUUUUAAUGUUUGAUUUUUCAUGUUAUCUCAACAAAAUGUUACAACCACUACAACAUGAAGAUACUUUUUAGAACAGUAACAAAGUAAGAAUGCUAACAAUUUAAAAAGACAUGUUUUAAAAGUAUAUUAAAAUUAUUUGCUUUAAAUGAUCAUUUGUUGGAUAUGUGACAUAAUGCACACAUCACACUUUAGUAGUGAUGUCACAAAAUCAGAAACAACAAAGACACUUUUCCCCUUCAGCAGAUUAAUGUAAAAGCAGCCGUCGAGUGUCAAACUCUGCACAAACUUCAUUCACAGUAAAGGUCAAACAUCUAAGUAAAGCAAAAAAUAAGGAAAACACAUUUUUGAGUGGUGUGGGCUUUUAAAUGUCUGGAAAUAAAAAUGUGAUAUCUGUGCAACAUUGUUGCUGAGGCACAGUUUGGAAAGUUUAGAGCUGCUGUUUUCUAACUGUUAAAUGUAAAGCAAAUGCUUUUUACAAAUUAGCUUUUUUUCUGGCCAAGGACAUAAAGAGUCACUAAAAAGGAUUAAAAAUAAGUGCUGCUGUGUUAUCUUAAAUCAGGCACAAUGGGGAGGAAUAUAAACAGAUGCAAAUGUAGCAACUCAUUAUGGCCUACUACAUUUUAGACUAAUAAUACUGCCCUACAAAGUCUAACUGCAGUAACUAUGCAAAAGGUAAAACUGAGAAAAACUGCUUUAAAUUUGUUUGACAUGUUUUAACUGGCCAGCCAAAUUGGUCAUAUUUAGAUAAGUGAUAUGACACUUAUGUAUUGAUGAUGUAAUUUUUAUGCUCAAAAAUCAUGAUGAUGAUGAGAGUGCCGUAACUAUAAUGUUGUCGUCUUCUUUCAGCUUUUAUAGUUUGUUUUCAGUGAAUAAACAUUUUCAAAUUAAUUUUGUCAUAAGUGUAUUUAAAAGUGUUUAACAACUGUAUUCAGAGAUGUGUGUAUUUUAGACUUAAUAAAGAAAUGUUAUAUUUUGUUUAAAUAUUAUUUUAUAUAUAUAUAUAUUUUUACUUCAUCACUAUGUAGAUAAUAAUUUCCUUUUCAAAUUAACUUAUAAAUUCUAUUAUUUUUAUGUUUCAAUUAGUGUAUAUAUCCAAAGCAGACCGUGGUGAGUGCAAUUACUGCUUGGUUUUGAGUUGGCUUUUGUGGUUUUUAUAUAAUUAUUUCUCUGAAAUAAAGCAAAAUUGAAAUAUAAAACUUUGCCAAGGGGUUCAUUUUUAGUUAUAACUCAAUUUUGACCAAAAAUACAGUCAGUCGCAGUUAGGCUUUGUAGGGCAGAAUACAUAAUGCUGUAACAGUGGAGUAGAGCUUUAUACAUGCAGAUUGAUUCAUUUCCCUUAAUUUUACUCAUCCAUAACUAACUGGACACGCCCAUCUCCUGCUGCAGAGGAGGGGUGUGGCUGGAUAGUGUCAGAUUACACUAAAAUGACAGACCUGCUCAACAGGCCCCCACUGCACCUUCAUUGGUUGAGACCCACCCAGCUCCAUUCAACCAGCCUGUUUCCUGCAGGCAAAUACUUUGUCAAAGAGGAAAUGACAUCACAGCACCAAGACCUGCCACAAAUACAGCAAAAACAGAUGAGGACCAAGCGUCUUUUAGAUGUCUUUUGACUUCGUGUGGCACACAAAAACCUAUGGAGGCAAAACAAUCUUGCCAUUAAAACAGCUUUUGGGACGGCACUGUGAAGUAUGUCUGCUGGACACAAAGAGACUGUGCGAGACACUGCAUGUCAAAGUGGAACUGUUGUUUUUUUCUCCAACCCUUUGAUGAGUGAUUUUGAAUCAGACUGGUCUCCGAUUCAUGAUGCUGCCUAUAAUGGACGUGUCCUCGCUCUGCAGAGACUCAUUGCUCAGGGCAUGUGUGUAAAUCUGAACACUCUGGAGCAGGUGUCUCCCCUCCAUGGAGCGUGUGUACAAGGCCACGAGGCUUGUGCCAAACUACUGAUGGAAAAUGGGGCAAAUGUAAAUGGUUCAACAGUCGAUGGACAAACUCCCCUGUCAGAAGCUUGCUCCCGGGGUCAUGUGACCUGCGUAUCAAUGCUCCUAAAACAUGGAGCAAGUCCCCUAGGGACGGGUCGGACCUGCUCUCCAAUCCACAUGGCUGCAGCCAAAGGUCAUUCGGAGUGCAUCGAGCCUCUUGUUAAGCAUGGCGCAGAUGUGGAUCAGUAUAUCGCCCAAUCAGGUUUCCCUCUCCACGCCGCCUGCUCCAAUCAGCAUCUAAGUACCGUGAGGAAACUGCUUCAACUUGGUGCCAGUGUGAACAGCAGCGUGUCCGGUGACUCGCCACUGCACAUCGCUGCCCGUCUGUCCAGUCCCGAGAUGGCGUCCGUCCUGCUGGACCACGGGGCCGAUGGCUCCCUCAGGAACUCAGAGGGCAAACAGCCGCUGGACCUGGCACCACCCAACAGCCUGGUGGAGAGGCUGCUGAGACAAGCAGGAGGAGCGCCUUCUCUAAUGCAGCUGUGCCGGCUGUACAUCAGGAAAACUGUGGGCAAGAAGAGACUGAGUGGGAUUCAUGACCUUCACCUUCCCACAGAAGUGAAACAGUAUCUUCUCUACAGAUCAGACCCAGGGGGAGAUCUCAGGCACUGAAUAUCAUAAACUCUGAGCAGUAACCUCUCGGCCAGUAGGGGGAGCAGUUGCAUAAUCUUGCAGUGAGAACACUACAUCACGGCUCAUUGUUGUGCUGAUAAUUAACUCUAAUUCUCCUUUGUGGCAGACCUCUGUAAACAAACUGGCUCUCAAGAUCAAGCUGGACUUAUAUGAAAACUUGGAGCAAGUUUUUUGCAUUAACAUGCAUAAAAAUAAAGGAAAAUACAUAUUAAAAUGGGAACAAGCUCUAAUAAAUGCUGCAUAAUUGAUGUGAAAUAAGGUUUAAUAUACUGGAACAAUAUUCUUUAGAUUAUACAAGCCUCUACAUGAAGCUAAUAAUGUAGUUUUUGUUGUUUGAACUUCCUGUUUUCUUUGAUGCUGCUGUAUUGAUUUUUCUGUAGACCUACAGAUUAAAGUUUACGUCAUAUGAAAUCUUGUUCCUGUCUGGUACGUGUCGUCUCUACAGAGUUCCUGGAAGCGUUUUUUCUUUGGUUCUUGCAGGACAUGUUGUUAAGAAGAGUGAAAAACAUCUCAACUGACCACAUACAGGAGAUAAAGUUAU